CUAAGAAUCAAAACCAGGGACCACAACAACGAGGACUCCAUCCUCUGUACAUGGGGUGCAUGCUUAAACCUCCCCACACCUACAUGUUUUAAAACUGUCUUGUCUUUCAUUCCUUGAUUUUGAUUUAGACGCCUUCCUCCGGGCCCUCCCUCAUUCAAGCUCAUCCUCGGCUGACACCCCGGCCCCAUCCAGACAAGCCCCGCCCCCUAUGCUCUGCGCCCUGCGGAGGUCAGAAGCCAGCAACUUCACGGCCUCUUUGAGAGAGCUGGAGAAGUGUGGCUGGUACUGGGGUCCGAUGAACUGGGAGGACGCAGAGAUGAAGCUGAAGGGGAAACCGGACGGAUCGUUCCUGGUCCGGGACAGUUCAGACCCCCGAUACAUCCUGAGUCUCAGCUUCAGGUCGCAGGGAGUCACACACCACACACGCAUGGAGCACUACAGAGGGACGUUCAGCUUGUGGUGUCACCCGAAGUUUGAGGACCGCUGCCACUCGGUGGUGGAGUUCAUCGAGCGAGCCAUCAUGCACUCCAAGAACGGCAAAUUCCUCUACUUCCUGCGCUCCAGAGUCCCAGGGCUUCCUCCCACCCCGGUUCAGCUGCUCUAUCCCGUAUCUCGCUUCAGCAACGUGAAGUCUCUACAGCAUCUCUGUCGCUUCUGCAUCCGACAAAUCGUCCGCAUCGACCACAUCCAGGAGCUUCCACUGCCCAGACCACUAAUAUCCUACCUGAGUAAGUUUUAUUACUACGACCCCGAGGAGGAGAUGUAUCUGUCAAUCAAGACCAUCAGGAGGGUGAUGGGAACAGAUCAGGAGGCGGAGUCAGAGACGUAGCAGCAGAGAUCCGUCGCCGUGAGUUCAAUGUUCGACUUUCACCGGAGUUCCUUAUUUUCACGUGGACGUUAAACCUCUGCUUCUGUGCAGGUUUCCGCAUGGAGGACUGAUCUGUUCUGGUCUACAGCAUCAUCCAAUCAGAGUCCCUGAAAAUCUGAUGUGCUCAGUAGGACUUGGAUGGACCUGCCUCUCUUUCUUUGAACGGACUGAGCAAAGAGAGGGAGGAGUGUUGUGCAGUUGGACGCUGGUGAUGAGGAUGAGAUGUCUCGUCUCAAAGACUUGUUGCUGUGGAACAAAAAGAGAGCGUGGAUUAUGAACUCGGUUUGCAAAUUUCCUGAAACCUGCUGAACGGGACUUUAAAAACACAAUGCACUGGUCGAUUUGUACAACUGUUGUUUGCUGCCGUUUCCUUGUUUCUCCUUCCAUUCUGUCAAAAUAAGGAGUUUUGGAUUAAAGAUUUCCCUCAGGGUUGAUAUACACACACAGAGGCAGGGCAGCAGGGCCCGUCAACGAGCACCCGGACCUGUUUCCUUAUCCUGGAAUCAUGUUUUCUGACAGGAAUCAGAGAAAUGUUUAGAAACGCUUCAUCAAAUCAGACAUAUCGGACUUCAAAUGAGCUCAAAAUGAAGUUCCAAUCCAGACAGAUUCAUGAAACCUGUCCAGCUUUGGUUUAUUGAGAUCUGAAGCCUGAGAAUCACCGUGAAUCUUAUUAAGCUUGACAUUUUGUUUGUCGUUAUUUCAUUUGUUUGGUUCUUUGCUUGAAAGACGAGGUGUUAGGCUUUUUUAAUUUAAGAUGUUGGACCUCAAAUCUAAACGUUCCAAACUCUGGAUUAGUCAGAUUCCGUCACUGUUGUUAGGCGGAUUCACUUUGCAAAGCUUCAAGCUGAUUUGAGAAUGUCUGGACCAAUCAGUUUUAGGAGAAAGAGGCGGUAGCUAAGUUGUGACGUAAGAAAGAGGCGACUGCAACCCUGUAAACAAUGGCCGCUACAUGCAGCUACAUCGUUGGUUUUAUCAGAACUGGAAGACUUCUCUUUUAAAAGAAGAGUAAAGGCCUUUAAUGCAGCAAUUAUCUUUAUAAAAGCAGCAAGAAUUGUGUGCUGAGCUAGCGUUAUGUAGCUUACUCAAGUAUGCACGCCAACUAAGUCAUGUUUUGUCGCCAUUCUGCCCUUCCUAUAAACGGUCUCUGGAGUGUUGCCUAGAUGGAUGUGAAACAGUCUAUCUGGCACAAACAGCAGCUUGUUUAAAAAGUCACACGAGAAUUACGCAAGAGGGACACAAGCUUUGCUCAAUUUGUGAGAUCACAGAUUGGUGAAACGUAACACCGACCUUUUCCAAACUCUUAAGGUCAGAUUGACGGCCAAAUUCCACUAGAUCCGUGUCCAGUCUGUGUCUGAUCCGUCACAGCACCUGAUCUGAUAGGUUUCUAUUCCAGUCAAUGUGUUAACUUCCACUGGAUCCGCUCCGUUGCAUUCCGGCAGGUCGGAGCCCUCCGGAUCAGAUACACAAGACUUCUAUUGUUCCCGGAUGCCGAAGCACGACGCAUCACUCUCAACAGAGCAGAUGGAGCGGGACAGGAAGUCAGGUUUCACCAAAACAAAAUGAAAACAUCCGGUUAAUUUUCAGAAUAAAACACUCUGUGUUAUCACCAGAUCGUAUUUCACUUAACUACAACAACAAACCAAAGUCAUGAUGAGUGGAGCCAGGCCUGGAGUCAACAGGUCAGAGGUUUUCAGAGGACCAGAAAGACAACAUGGAUGAGGAGAGGAGGAGGAGGAGAAUCCUUGAUUCAGUGAUUACCGCGGGAAAGCCUCGGUCACAUGACUCCAGCUGUCCGGCGGUCCUGCUCUGAGACCACAGCGGAUCGGAGACGGACUUGAGUCGGAUCUGGUGGAAGUUCCGGGUUAGGGUCCACAAUUUAUAAUUUCUCAUUUGGUACAGUUGUAGAGGAGAAGGGUUCCUUAAUGCUUAAUGUUGUCCUUUGUUGAUGCUCCUUAAAGAGACAGUAGCUGAAAUGAGGGUUUUCAAAGACAGAGUUUUUGAGCUGUCAUGUGGAUCUAUCAGAGGGAACACAUGAAGCCUGAGUAUUAUCAUGAUACCCUCUCUGGAGCAGGGAUGUAUCCGUCCGUCUCUCACUUUAAAGCAAACACUGAGUGGUUCCUGGCACAGAUUAAGUCAACAUUUCUCCCACCAAAUGGAGGAAGAGGCCAAUUUUCUGUAUCAGUAAUUCUUACACUUCCUGUUGAACAGUUUGAAUCUCGUCCAUUCGUAUCACCAUUUCUCUGUUUAUGGCUCUAAUGGAUGUGGGAGACUCUCCUCCACAAGAACAGGACCAUAAAAGCUGCUUGUAAACAAACAUGCCCAUUACAACAGCUGCACCGCAUACUCACUGCACACAACAUUACCUGGAGCUGCAUCGCAUCAUGGUCUGUUGAGGCUCCAUUUGGUGGAACAUUACAUUACAAGAUUACACAACAUAUAUUUGCUGUUUACUUUCAGACAGGUCAUCACGCGGUCAGGAAAAUACACACCAAAGAGAACUCCUCAGAAAUGCCAUUUAUUAUAAAUAUGGAGCAUUUUCUAACUGACUAAAGGUGGAACUUGGGUUGCUUGUCUGAAACGUAGAUGAUGAAAUGUUCUUUAUAGAAGAGUACAUUUAGAACAGUGGUCUUGCAGCUAUCGUCUGAAUUUGGGUCCAGAGUUAAGAGAGAACGAAGUGGUUUAAUAUUGACGCCCUGCCUCAGAGUGUGUAUACCCGCCAUGACUCGUCUCUACCUGUCCGUUUUAUCUGUUGAAAUGCCCAGGUGUAUUUUGCUCAUUCUAUUUCUCGGUACCCUGAAGCUGACGACUGGCUCAGCGUUUUCAGUAAAAAGAAGAAAAUAAACAUUUGUGUGGAAUCA